AUGUUCAAAGUCCAGUUCCGAAGACCUAAUCUCCAAUUUUUAGUUGUAGCCCUUCAUUUCCCAAUCAAUUUCUGUACGUACAUUAUUUUUGUAGUCCUCUACUUUAUUAAAUUUUAUAUAGGUAUUUUAUAUUUUGUUAGCUUCUCACUUGUUUUUCUUCUUUUAUUCAUCAACAGACUGGUCAUUCAUGAAUUAAAAAUAAAAUGGCUACUAGUAGAGUGCGAAUGCAACAAAAAAGCUAACACAAAAGCUGGGCCAAGCAUUCCUUCUUCCCUUAAUGAAAGAUGAAAAGAAAAGAAAUAUUUUUUUAUAAUGUCCAUUCCCCC